AUGAAAUGUGGAAACAAUGGUUGUGGAAAAGAAUACACUGAGGAAACAGUCGGACAAUGUUGCUAUCAUCCUGGAAGUGCUAUCUUUCACGAGGGUAUGAAAGGGUGGUCGUGUUGUUCGAAACGUGUCGUAGACUUUGAUGAUUUUCUACAGAUUCCAGGUUGUUCAACUGGUCAACAUAAAGAGAAAGAGGAAAAACAACCAACUACAUCAUCCGCUAAAACAACAACAACAGCAGCACCAACCAAUAUCGAUUCAAAUGGUCGUGAAGUAUAUGGUACUCACGACAAGGAGAGAUUCUAUCCAAAACCUGUAACAACACAACCGAAACCACAGAUCACCGUCAAAGAAUAUAUAGAGUUGAACGAUGAACCCAAUGCCAUAAUUAAAGAAGGUGCUAAAUGCACAAGAAACGGCUGCACUGCUACCUACGUCAACGAACAAUCGAGAGAGGAAACCUGUACAUAUCAUCCUGGAGAUGCUGUAUUCCACGAAGGUUCAAAAGGGUGGGCAUGUUGUAAACCUAAAGCAGCUCUCUUUGAAGAGUUUCUAAAGAUCAAAGGAUGUAGAGAAGGUAAACAUAAAUUCAUUCCAACAGAAGUAAAGAAUGAAAAUUUCGUAGAAUGUAGAAACGAUUGGUAUCAAUCAUUCGAUUGUGUUCACUUUACAAUCUACUCAAAGAAUGUAAACAAAGAAAAGUCAGUAGUUGAAUUUGUAGAUAGAAACACCGUCAGCGUUGAUUUAGUACUACCAAACGAUAAGUAUUACAAAAAGACAUUCAAGCUGGCCAACUCUAUCAGCACAACAAAGAGCAGCUUCUCGAUUCUCUCCACCAAAGUUGAGAUUAAACUUUACAAAGAUCCACAAGACUCAUGGUCAAAGCUCGAAGAGAAUGAGGUCGAUUUAUAUAGAUAUCAAGUCUAA